CCCGGGCCGACGGUCUCCAGAACCACCCGUGCCUUCCCCGCGUUCGCGCCGCUUUGGUAGUUCCUCCCGUCGAAAUACGAGUUGUUGGUUUUUUUUUGAGUCCAUCAUGACCGUGUGCCCCGAGUCACAAGAGGUGAAGAGCAACAUGAUCAAGGAGACCAAGACCAAGACCAAGCGCUUCAUGAUCGAGGACAUCUUGGGUCGGGAAUCGGUGCCGGAGAGGAGGAUGAGAGUGGAUUCCCCCGUACCUGGUGAUUCGGGCGUUGAAGUCACCACCAGUGAAGACGGUGACAGUGGCAAAGACACAGCUUCUCAUCAUUCACAUGGCAACGCAUCUCUACGCCGGGCCGUCAUACCAGAUGCCAUACUCGGGACAGUUGGAUCUGUACCAAAAGUCCAUAAGUGCAUAUCGGAUCCCACCAGCCGCAGCACCUCCCUUGGCCAUGAAUCCAUAUCUGGCAGCAGCAGCAGCCGCUGCAGCCGCUGCAGCGGCCGCUGCCAGUCUCCGACCUUCGGCUCCUCUCCUCUCUCCUCCGAGACUACCUCUGGGAAUGAACCCAAGCAACAUCUUUGCUCAUUCGAAUCCCAACACGGGCUGCCCGAAGACUACUGCAUACUAACUUUGGCACCUUCCCUCAUCGUCGAUCCGUCGAGAAGUGCUCACAGAGCAGACCUCAAGUUCUACGAGCUCAGUGCAACGCGGGCUGUUUCCAACGAUUUGGAUUUGGCCACAAGUUCUGAGAACUUUCGCCUCCACGCGUUCACGCGGUUCAAACUCGACAUUGCGGCCGCUGCCUGUCGCACGGAACGAGCUCGUUGCAAAAGGCCUUUGUUGAGCUUGUUGCAGAAAGCAUCCAUGCCUUCGCGGAAAGAAAAAAAAGCCUCGGAUGCCCUUAGUGCCGUCGAUGCGACCCGCUUCGGUCACUCGGCUCAUCCACCGGCUCUCGCCCCGUCUCGACGAGCUCUGGCGUCCGGGAGAACCUUGGACGGCCACCGUGGAGCUGGUCGGAUGAGGAAGGCUCCUCCUCCUUCUCGGCUGCUUCUCUGA